AUGCUUCGGUACAUUAUUCCGCGAAAGAAGGGCUCGUUCGUCAUCGCCCUCUUCCUCACCAUCGCCUUUUUCGGCAUCGUUUUUUAUCAUCGAAACGAUCGCGGCCGACGGACAAAAUUCCAGUUUCCCGAUAUCGGUGAGCGAUUAAUUCUUGUAAAGUUCUUUUGAAAAAAUCAAUAAUUUCGCAGAAAAGUACGCAGAAGAACUUGUGCGACUUCCGGAGACUUGGAAUGGCGAACUCCACCAAAUACCGGAUUACACGAAACCGCGAGACGGUCCCGGAGAGGGCGGGAAACCUGUUUUUCUGUCUGGCGACGAGAAACAGCUCGGAGAAGCGGAUAUGAAGAAGUGGUUCAUGAAUGUGCACGUAUCGGAUAAAAUCUCUCUCGAUCGAAACGUUCCGGACCCUCGGCGUCAAGAGUGCAAAGACAUAAAAUACGAUUUGGAGGCGCUUCCUAAAACUUCUGUCAUCAUCAUUUUCACCGACGAGGCUUGGACUCCGCUGCUGCGAACUGUGCAUUCUGUGAUCAAUCGGAGCCCGCCGCAGUUGCUCAAAGAGAUCAUUCUGCUGGACGAUAACAGCCAGAGAGGUUUGCUCUUUUUGCUGAAAAUACGUACGUUUAUUCUUCCAGAAGAGCUCAAAGCUCCACUCGACGAGCACAUCAAGCGGUUCGGCGGAAAAGUGCGUCUGAUUCGAAAGCACGUCCGCCACGGUCUGAUUAGAGCGAAACUUGCCGGAGCUCGUGAAGCCGUCGGGGAUAUAAUUGUCUUUUUGGAUUCUCAUUGUGAAGCCAAUCAUGGGUGGCUCGAGCCGAUUGUUCAGAGAAUCAGCGACGAGCGCUCGGCUAUUGUUUGCCCCAUGAUCGAUUCGAUCUCCGACCAGAACCUGGCUUAUCAUGGGGACUGGUCCCUUUCGGUUGGAGGUACUUGAAAAUAGUGAUUUAAAUAGAAAAUAGUAAUAUUGAGGCUUCUCCUGGGCCCUUCAUUUCACCUGGGAAGGACUUUCAGACGAAGAGACGAAGCGUCGCACGAAAGUCACCGAUUACAUCAGGUCAGAGUAGUACAGAAUUAAAAUGAUUUUUUACAAAUUCCAUUUUUAGAUCGCCAACAAUGGCCGGAGGUCUUCUGGCCGCCAAUCGCGAAUAUUUCUUCGAAGUUGGCGGAUACGACGAAGAAAUGGACAUUUGGGGAGGCGAGAAUCUCGAGAUUUCGUUCAGAGUGAGUAACCGAAAGGGAUUGCGAGUGCUCGUUGGCAUGGAAACCUCAUCUGCUUGCAGAACUGGAUGUGUGGCGGUUCGAUCGAAUUCAUUCCGUGCUCGCACGUCGGCCACAUCUUCCGCGCCGGCCAUCCCUACAACAUGACAGGUACAUCAAUUUCAGCUCGUUCUUCAUCCGAAAUUCCAAAACCGAAACAAUUUCAGGCAGAAACAACAACAAGGACGUGCACGGAACGAAUUCGAAGCGCCUGGCAGAAGUGUGGAUGGACGACUACAAACGGCUCUAUUACAUGCAUCGAGAGGACCUCCGAACCAAAGACGUCGGCGAUUUGAGCGCCCGGAAAGCGUUGAGAGAGCGAUUGAAUUGCAAACCGUUCAAAUGGUAUUUGGAAAACGUCGCCAAGGGGAAAUUCGUGAUGGACGAGGACGUUAUCGCUUACGGAGCAGUACGUCCUGCGCAAUUUCACAGUUUUUUCCUUACUUCCCCAGUUUUCAGUUGCAUACAAUCGUGGAUAAUACUCGAAUGUGUACGGACACUCUUCAGAGAGACGAGAAAAUGGCUCAGCUGUUGGGAGUGUUCCAUUGUCAGGGAAAAGGAAGCUCUCCGCAAUUGAUGUCUCUUUCGAAAGAGGGAUUUCUGAGGAGGGAGACCACGUGCGCAGCGGUCGAAGGAUCGAAUGUUCGCAUGAAAACGUGCUCGAAACGGGCGCAAUUCAACGAAAAAUGGACAUAUGAGGUUCCUAAGAAAUUCUAAAUUUCGCUCUGAUUUCCGUUUUUUUAGAACCAAAUGCUGCGAAACUUGAAAUCCGGCAAAUGCCUGUCAACUGCAAACCUGAAAGCCGGCGAUGACGUCAUCGUGAUGGAGUGUGACGAGAAAGAGCCGCAUCAAAAGUGGCAGUUUAGCGAUCCAGCGAAAGAAUAAAGCCAAAAUAUGUUUUCAAUAGAUAACUCUUUAUUUUAUUGCUUUAAUCAUCCUUAAUUCCGUUGAACCCAAAAUGUUCCGCCUCUGUUUUUUAGGCCACAACUCAAAAGUAUUGCAAUUCCAAAAACUUCAUUGUACUCUAGUCAUUCUCUGUGAUCGUGUUUUUUUGCCUUCUUUUUCUAAUCAAAUCGGUUGUAAACUUCACUUGAUUCCAUCAUUCAUCGGUUGUGAUACUCUUUUUUUAACCGGGGUUUUUCCUACUUUAAUACGAAAUGGGUUAUUAAAAUUGUUUGUUAAGCUUUGUUCGCCUUGCUUAUUCCGUGGAGAAAAGCGGAUUUUAUAUUUUUAAAAUUUAGAAUUUUACUGGAGAUUAUCAACUUUUCAGAAUAAUGGGCGAAUCGACUGAAAACGAAUCUGUGAUUGCCUCCCUCGCUCCCGGACCAACUGCCGGAGCCUCGUACCCGCUGAAAGUCGUCUAUUGUGGACGUAAGUACAUAGAAUUUGCUAAACGUUCCACCACUUUCCACGUCUUCAGAAUGCUCAAUGCCGUCGGAAUACUGCGACUACUCGGGACAGACCGAUUUGUGCCGCGCGUGGGCCACUCAAAACGCUCCGGAACUUCUGGAAGGCCUCGAAAUCUCUGAAGAAGGAGAAGGCGGAGCCGAUGAGAAAAAGAAGCAGAAGAGAGGAGGAAAGGGAUCGAAGACCGGGCCAGCGACCGCGGCAAAGGAAAAGAAGAAGGGCGCGCAGAAAGUGACUCUCCAGAGAGAGCCACGUGGCAAAAAGUCCGUCACUGUCAUCAAGGGACUCGCCACUUUCGGUAAGGAACUGCAAACUAGACUGAAUACGCAGAUCUUCUCUCUUUCAGACAUCGAUCUAAAAGUGGCCUCGAAACUGUUCGCGCAGAAGUUCGCAUGCGGUAGCUCGGUGACCGGCGCCGAUGAGAUCGUCAUUCAGGGCGACGUGAAGGACGAUCUUCUGGAUUUGAUUCCUGAAAAGUGGUCCCAAGUGACCGAUGAGCUCAUCGACGAUCUUGGAGACAAGAAGCGAUGA